GCUGUAAUGGUCAAUAGACCAGCUCGGUAGUUUGCCUCAGUAGACGCACUCGCAUAGUACACUGAAAAUUCGUUCGCUAAUCAAUGAACUUUUCUGUUUCGUUUCUGUUUUCUUCUAUUCGUUAGUCAACGCGUAUUUUCAAUCUUCGUGUAGUAAAUGUGAUCGUUAAAAUACGAAAAUCAUCGACAUCGACUGGUAGCGAGACGUGCGUUAGUCCAAUGCUGCACUACAGAGGAGUAGUUCUAUAGGUACUCCAAAGGACUUUAUAGUCAACAAAUUUGUGCACGGCUUAUGAGACAUAAACAUAUGGUACCGAAUCCUGACAUGAAGGGAACACUUCAGGAUCCUAAAUGGAGUCUCGAACGAAGGGAGUCAUCGGGACAUUUGGUUUGGCGCAAGGAAUCUCCAAGUUCUAAAGUACGGUUUCGAUUUGAUGUUGAAGUAUUGGAAUUUGAGAAACAACCUCAUGAAGAUAUUGAAGAAAGUAACGAUGGAUUUUCACUUGGAAAUAUUACAUCAACAAUAGUAUUUUGUGCCACCUGCGUUGUGGGCGUGGCUGUUAGCAUUUUCUUACCCUGGUAUCUUAUGGAGAAGGCGAUAUCUUCUAGUUUAUAGGACUGCCUUCCAAUACGUCCUAAUUUAAACUUUUUUUGUAUACAUAUGUACCUUUGUAAUUACAUUUAAUUCUUGUGAAUAUACAUACAUACAUAUGUAUGUGUCACAAAUGUGCCUUAUAACUAGAGUAGCUGAAAUAUUUCGUAAGCACUUUAGGAGUUUAAGCCAAUUUCGAAACUCGUGAGAUUAAUCUGUGAUUUGAAAGCAUCGUCAGAUUCCAAUUAUUGUUGAGGUUAAUUAUCAGAUAUCCAUGAAUAAUGUAGAAAAUCUAUAUACAUAUGUAUGUAAUAGCAUAUUUAAAUAUAAUAUUUAAUUGUAUAAUAUUUUUAUAAUUCUGCGAUAUUUAAAUAAAUAA